AUGGAACUUGACACAGGAUGCGAUUACUGUGGUGCUACCGAAACGUUAGCUCAUGCUCUUGUUGAGUGUCCAAAAGCAAGACUUUGUUGGCAGUUUUUUGGUGUUCAACCUAAUAUUGGCAACUUUCCAAAUUUCUUACAGAUGCUCGAACAUUUAAACAAGGCGUGGGAGAGCGCAUUUUUUGACAGUUUUAUUAUGGGCUUGUGGAGUGUUUGGCUGAGCCGUAAUGAGCUAAAAUGGAACCAUGUGGAAGAAGGACCUUAUCAUGUGGUUACUCGAGCCAGAAGUGUGCUUGCAUCUUGGAAGAAAGCCCAGCUGAAGUUGUCAGGUUCGGAUACAGGCAUAGGUGCUUCUGCAGGUAGUCAAUGGCUUCCGCCACCUACUGGCACUUUUAAAAUAAACUUUGAUGUUACUCUUCUCCCCUCUGUUGGCCAUGGAGCUAUCGGUGCUGUAAUCUCAAACUGCCAUGGCGGGUUCGUAUCAGCAGCAAUGUCUUCUCUGCAUGGUUGUUCUUCCCCAGCAGUAGCAGAAGCUCAAGCGUUAAGAAAGGUAUUAUCCUGGGUGCUAUCAGGUCAUCCUAAUCUGACGAUCCAAAUUGAAACCGAUUGCCUGCAAGUUUAUCAUGCUAUGAAGAGUUCUGCCCACGACUGGUCUGAGUUUGGAGUUGUUAUCUCUGAAUGUAAACUUCUCUUAGUCCAAUUGCCUAGUGUUACCUUGGCUUGGAUUAGAAGACAAGCAAAUGAUACUCUGCUCACGAUCUGGUUCUGA